AGACGGUAAAGAAGAUCAGCGUGUGAUUGAGACUCUUACCCAAGAAAUAACGAACCUUUAAGGAGAUCAGAGAGAUUACAGCUUUCUUUCGGCAUCUGGGACUUCUGAAGAUUCAAAUGUUAGAAAAAAUGUGCAGCGAUCUCUUGCCACAGACCUUCAGAACCUCUCUAUGGAGCUUCGUAAGAAGCAGUCAGCUUAUUUGAAGCGUCUCAGACAACAAAAAGAGGGUCAAGAUGGAGUUGAUUUGGAGAUGAAUCUAAAUGGAAGUAGAUCUAGAACAGAAGACGAUGAUUUGGAUGACAUGGCGUUUAAUGAGCAUCAGAUAGCAAAGCUGAAAAAAAGUGAGGCAUUUACGGCAGAAAGAGAAAGAGAGAUCCAACAGGUAGUGGAAUCAGUAAACGAGCUUGCUCAAAUUAUGAAGGAUCUUUCAGUACUUGUAAUAGACCAGGGCACUAUUGUCGAUCGGAUAGAUUACAAUAUUCAAAAUGUUGCAACUACUGUUGAAGAUGGCCUGAAACAACUUCAGAAGGCAGAGAGAACACAGAAACAAGGGGGGAUGGUAAUGUGUGCGACAGUGCUAGUUAUCAUGUGCUUUAUCAUGUUGGUCCUCCUAAUCCUAAGGAAAUACUGUUCUAAUCGUUGAGCAUAAUUAUUCCCAUGAUUCAUUUACAUGUGAUAGUCCUACCUUCAUGAGAAGUUGACAUGCAUAAAGAUAUUGAUGCAUACACUAUCUUGCAGAAAAGCAGAGGAGUUCUGAACUGCCUCCUUUAUAUAUGAGUAAAACUAAGUGCAUUAUAAAGAAUACUAAUUUUUGUAUUAACAAUGACAUAGGUGAUUGAGUGUUACUUCAUUUCUAAUUCAAAAUCAUCCCGUUACAUGAUAACAUAUCAUUAUUUUUACACAAAUCAAUCUUUGUUGUUAGUCCACAUAGUUUUGUUGUUUACCUAUGCUACCGGAUUGGAAAAGGAAAAUGAAUGAAUGUCUUGAAAAUGUAUAGAGCUUAAUUUGUAUUUUGUUAAGAACUAUCCAUUCUUGUGUUUUUACCCAGGACUUGAGUAGCUUUGGUUCUCACAGUGCUCCCUUUUUGAGGAGACGAGGCAUUUGAUUUGUUUGUAUUGUAUCAUUUUUUUGUUUUUCUGUGUAAUAAAAAUGAGAAGCAUCCACUUAGACCU